AUGAUUGCCCCCAACACCGUGUAUGAUGAUACGCCCGUCCUGCCCCCAGGAGACUCCCCAGAGCUGGCCCUGGUCGCAGCCUCGCCGCAGGAACGGAUCGAGACCAUCAAGCUGAACAGCACCGCCUGGAAAGGGUUCCUGGAUCUGGAGUCCUACAUCGCAAGAGAGGACCACCUGCGGCAGCAGCGUCUGAACAAAGACGGCCUCACCUGCUGGAUCCUGGUGGACCGUCGGCAGCCAGAGGGCCAGAGAACCAUCCUGAGCUCCUGCGAGACUUACAAGAAGCACGCCCUGUUCGCCCACGACGGCAAAGUGGACGACGUCGUGGCGUAUGGCGUUGGGAGUGUCUACUGCCGGUCGGAGUUUCGAGGGCAGGGCUACGCGAAGAGAAUGAUGCAGCUUUUGAGCGCGAAGCUCGAUACGCGGCAGAUGGGUACCGAGGGGCCCGGAAACUCUGCCUUCAGUGUCUUGUUUUCGGAUAUCGGGAAGAAGUUCUAUGCGCAGUUUGGCUGGAAGCCGUUCCCGUCCUCUCACCUCUCUCUACCGCCCAUCUCCAAGGAACAGUAUGACGAGGGUCUCUCCACAGCCACUCUGCCUAAGGCGACAGCGCUCCACGCCCAAGACAUCCGGGACUGCAUGUGCAAUGACGAGCUGAUCCAGAAAGAGCGCGACUUUCUGCGCGUAGCCUCCCAGGAAAGCCAGACCCCCAAAGUAGCCAUCGCCCCCAGUUUUGAGCACUUUGAGUGGCACUGGGCGAGAGAGGAGUUCCUCUCCAAGAAGAUUUACCCCAAAAGGAGCUCGCCCGCGGUCAAGGGCGCCGGGGAAGAACGUUCUGGUGUGUAUUGCGCCUGGAACAGGAACUUCGGCGAGUCUCCCCAGGAGAACACGCUGUAUAUCCUGCGGUGGGUGUAUGAUGAGCCCACCACGCCGGAGGAGACCGACGCGACGGUCAAGAGCAUGGCUUCCAUCCUGCGGCGUGCUCAGCUCGAGGCGUAUGAGUGGAACAUGGCCCAAGUCGAGUUCUGGAACCCCACCCCCCUGCUGGAGAAGGCGGUUGCGCUCUUGGACCCGACCGCCAAGGUGGUCCAUCGUGAAGACAGCAGCAUCGCGUGCUUCAGGUGGACGGAUGCCGAGAAAGGUCCCACCAAGGAUGUGGAGUGGUUCUGGAACGAGAAGUAUGCCUGGUGUUAG